GACAUUCCCUGAGCACAGCACUGCUGCACGGCCAUUCUAGAUUCAUCUCGCAACACUGCUCCUGCCCGCCAGUACAAUACCACGAGUCGUGCCUCUUGUCAACAUGACCGGACGAGGCUUGGCAGCGCGCGAAGAUGAGUGAUCCACAGGCGGCAGCCCGGAAUGCCUACUUCCAAGAGCUCAAACCCCACUGCAUAGCAAUCAACAACUUGUCCGUGCGCGCUACAGACAAGAAAGCGGCGUCCAAGGACCUCAUCCACGAGGUUGAAGAGCUGUACGUGCUACUGGACCGGCCGUCAGUCAGUGGCACGCCCGCUCUUGACCACAAGUUGGCAGACUAUGUCUUCUUCCCGCUCUCCAAUGUCCUUCGCAACCAGCAGGACUUCCCCAUCCGUCUGAUCGAGCUCACGAUCAAGUGUCUCACAAUCCUGAUCAAAUCGGGAUGGAGGAGCAAACUGCCUGCAGACCUGAGUCAGCAGCUUCUCAUUCUGCUGGCCUUUAUCAUCGGUGGAAGCCCGGGCCAGGCCACCAAGCGUCCUGUCCCCGAAGAAACCGAACUCGAAGCUUUCAGGGCGCUCAAUGCUCUCCUCAACGCUGCCGGGUCAUCCGCUGCUGGUGCCGCCGCUCUGGUCGACACAAAAGCUAUCCCUACACUAGGCCAUGCUAUAAGCGUCGUCUUGGACGGCAUCACAGAUGGGAGGACAGCAGAAAUUCAGAUUGAAGCGCUGCAGGCCAUAACUGCAUUAUUUGCUUCCAUCAAAGACCGGGCAGCUCUCGCGACGUUCUUCCCUGGAAUCGUCUCUGCCCUGAGUAAGCUGCUUUCGCCUCCCAUCUCGCCCAAAGCUCAACGCAAAGUCCUGAUACAGGGCCUCGAGGAAAUGAAGAAUGUCUUGACGGGAAUGCUCGGAGAUCUCCACGUUAGAGCGCUCCUUCCAAAGGUUACUGGUACCGACCUUGACAGGCAACAAAGCGGCGACGACAACAACAAAGUUCUUACGGCUCCAUGGCUGAAAGCGACAUCGACAAAGGUACAAGUCGCCCUAGCACAUGUGCUCAAGCUAAGAAACCAUGCCGAUGACGAUGUCCGCUCCGCAGUGGCACGAAUGUGCUUGUCACUGCUCGACGAGUGUCAUCAGUCUCUAAGCAACUGCGCCUCAGUCUUGGUCGAGACAGCCAUCAUUUUGUCAGAGCCCGAAAGCGAGCCCCAGCUUCUCCAAACUAGCCUCGAGGAUCUGGCGAGGAUAUACCCAGAACUAUGCGAUACGAUCAAGACUGUCGUGUACAAUUGGGAGGCCAGUUUGGCUCGGCAGAUGCAAGCCAGUGAUCAAAAGUUGAAGGAUCAGGCGAUUUCCAAUCUCUCCAAAGGACACAAGAUUGUCGCAAGCCUUCAAAUUACUUCCUCUGUGUUAGAUAGCUCCUUGGCCGCCUCUCUGCGUGAUUCUGCCGCAGCAGCCCUUGUCAAUGCCAAAGCAUUAGAAGAGGAGCAUGGGAUUGAUCUCCUGAAGAUUGGAGACUCGCAGGAACAGCAUCAGGAGCAGGCCAGGUUCUCUCCAGUCAUCUUUCCGAAACCUCAAGAAGCGUCGACACGGGCUGCACUGAUAGGCUUUCUGAAAGAGCUUGGCGCUAGCUCUCAGUAUGCCUGGCUCCCCGGAACGAUGCUCUCCUACAGCCGUGAAUCCACUGGGGAACAACAAGUGGCAUCGUUCUGGCUCUCCUUUGAACUGCUUAAGUCUCGGCUCGCUCACGAGUCAGGCAUCGACGAUUUCCUUGACCUUUCCAUGGCUGGCGAAAGCGACGGUGACACCGAGGCGGUCUUUGAUGACCUGUACACAUUCUCAGUGUCCAUACUAGACACGUCAGAGGAGGGUGAGACCGCGGACUGGAGAUUGCAAGCACUCGCGAUGGAAGUCACUACUUUCGCAGCGUCUCGACUUGAGAAGCAGUUUCGACCAGAACUCAUUGACAUUCUGUACCCUAUCACGACAUUCCUGGGUGCGCCGACGCCAAAGUUGAGAGAGCAUGCAAUGAUUAGCUUGAACAGCAUUGCGACUUCGUGCGGCUAUUCAAGCGUGACUGAGCUCGUUGUGGAUAAUGUCGACUACAUGCUCAACUCUUAUUCACUGCGGUUGAACACAUUUGACAUCACGCCUGCUUCGACACAAGUUCUGAGGAUGAUGGUGCAACUCACUGGGCCCCAACUUGUCCCCUACCUUGACGAUGUUGUGGCAUCGAUCUUUGGUGCCCUGGAUAAUUAUCACGGUUAUCCAAUCCUCGUUGAAGGCUUGUUUAGUGUCCUUGGAGAGAUCGUCAGACAAGGCGCUGCGGCCACUGGCCUUGUCGUAGCCCGAGGCCAAGAACACCAAGAACACCAAGAGCACCGAAUCAACAGACAUCGGAAGAUUGCAACCAAGCAAAUCGAUUUCGACGAUGUUCAGGAAUCACUUGACGCAAUCCUAGAGCGCAGAGACCGCAUCCGGAGCGAACAGUGGGAUGGCGAUGUCAACGCGUCCCAUCCUAAGCGCCCUUGGAAGGAGACCCCAAUCAAAACCGCCAAGGAACUUUUAGACGAGCGGGAAGACAAGGAAGGCAGUGAUGCGAGCGGGGAGGAAGCGGCCCAUGUGGAGGAGAAGCCACCACCACCCAAAACCCCAACCUUCAAGAUCCUCGCUCGAAUCACGACCUUCACGCAGCAUUAUAUGACCUCACCCACGCCAACACUACGGAAAUCCCUACUAGACCUCCUCUGUGUGGUUAGCCCCGCCAUCGCCGCCGACGAGGAAGCAUUCUUACCCUUGGUUAACGCCAUCUGGCCUGUGACCAUAGAGCGGCUGUAUGACCCAGAGACGUUUGUGGUAAUCUCAGCCUGCAAGGCGCUAGCUGCUCUUUUCGAAUGCUCAGGCGACUUCCUCAGUUCCAGGGUGAAGACUGAAUGGUGGGAUCAGCUGAGCCGAUGGUGCUCAAGCAAGAAGUCAGCUGCUACCCAGCGCCGAAUCACUAACGCCAACUCAGAUAAGAAUGCAGCCAGGGGGCAAGGCAUGCUCGUGGCCGUUCACUCGAAAUUAGACCAACUCGGCUUGGCCGAACCGGACGAGCGGGCGGCGAGCUCCACGUAUGCACAUUUUACACACGCGACCCAAGUAUGGGAAGCAGCGCGAGUGCUCUUGACAGCACUUGUAUCAUUCGUCCAAAUUGACGCCGAUAUCUUCGAUGCUAUCCUCAAGUUGGUAGCUGACGACUUGUCGAUCGAUACUGGGCUGAGGAACGCGUUGGAAGCAGUGGACGGGGAUUCUGUGUGGCUGCAGAUGCACGAGCACGGUCUUGCCGGGGCCCAACAGCAGCCGCACAUGGCGUUAUCAGAGUUCAUCAGCGUUUAACGAUGUCCCAAAGUGGAUGCCGCCAGAAACAGCACUAAUGCACCAGCGGCUGACAUUGUCGAUUGAGCAGCGGCUUGCCUUGGUCGUAGCAACGUGUGCUGUCCAGGAGUACGACCACAUGCACGUGGCAGAGGAGAUGAUGCUGAGAGACAUUAGUUCGAAGGAAGGUAGACCACCCCGCCAGCGAGCUGAGCUUUGACUGUCGUGGUUGGAGUGGGACGGCCGAGCACCAUCAUAAUCUGGGGAAGGACUUUCCUUCUUCGGAUGGACCAUCAACGCCAUCCAAGCAGGCUGCAUGUGGAGUGGAUCGCUCACGAGCCAACCAAGAUAGGAGUCCUCGAGCUGGCGCGGAAUAGAAUGCUCAACUUACGUUUCAUAAAACGUAUUGUCAAGACGCAAUCGACGCCUCAACGGCCUAGCCGUGCCACAUGCACCCCUCAUGUGCUGGGA